AUGACUGAGAGCUCUGACGGGAUGCCUACUCCUUCUCCAAGCCAGUUUGGUGGAGAUGGCCCUUCUGUGGACUCCCAGCGAUCGCCGAGUUCGACUCGAAGACCGAAUAUGCUGAGGAAGCCUUCGUCGCCAAUGGCUCCUCCCUUCAUGGUCUCCGCUCCCGGCAAAGUUAUUGUUUUCGGGGAGCAUGCCGUAGUCCAUGGGAAACAAGCCAUGGCUGCGGUAAUUUCCCUCCGCUCAUACCUGCUCGUGACCACCCUGUCUAAAUCCCGCCGAACCGUCACUCUCAAUUUCCGCGACAUCAACUUGGACCACACUUGGGAUAUCGAUUCCCUUCCCUGGGACCUUUUUCAUCACCCUUCCAAGAAGAAAUUCUACUACGACCGCGUCACCUGCCUUGAUCCUGACCUGCUCGAGGCCCUUCAGCCACAUAUCUCGAACGUUUCGCCCGAUCAGCCACCAGACGUGAGAAAGGUCCACCAGGGCUCCGCAAAUGCCUUUCUAUACCUCUACCUUUCGCUCGGAUCUCCCCAAUCGCAUGGCGCUAUAUACACUCUUCGAUCAACAAUACCGAUUGGCGCUGGUCUGGGGAGUAGCGCAAGUGUCUGCGUCUGCCUGAGUGCCGCCCUGUUGCUUCAGAUUCGCGCACUAGCGGGUCCGCAUCCAGAUCAACCCUUUGAUGAAUCAGAGGUCCAGAUCGAACGUAUUAACCGGUGGGCUUUUGUUGGAGAAUUAUGUAUACAUGGCAACCCAAGCGGUGUGGACAACACGGUAUCUGCUGGGGGCAAGGCUGUUAUUUUCCGGCGAGGCGACUACUCGAAACCACCGUCCGUGGUCCCGAUUCUAGAUUUCCCAGAGCUGCCACUAUUGCUUGUGAAUUCUCGGCAACCCAGGUCUACGGCAACGGAAGUAGCAAAAGUUGGCGCUCUGAAGGAAGCACACCCUGCCAUUACUGAAGCGCUACUGGAUGGAAUUGAUCAAGUCACAUCGUCGGCGUAUGAGUUUCUUUCAUCCAAGCGAUUCAGUAAGGAUUCUAGCGAAGCCUUGGAUUAUCUGGGAACGCUUUUCCGAAUCAACCAUGGGCUUCUCGUUUCCCUCGGCGUGUCGCACCCCCGUCUAGAACGCGUCCGAGAGCUGGUCGAUCAUAACGGUAUCGGUUGGUCAAAGUUGACAGGUGCCGGCGGGGGAGGCUGCACCAUCACUCUAGUGGGAGCAAACCGUCAGUCGGCGGCGUUGAAGCGCCUCGAAGCUCAAUUGGCUGAAGAAGGGUACGACCUGUUUGAGACAACACUGGGAGGGCAUGGAGUGGGGGUUCUGUGGCCUGCUGUCUUGAAGAAUGGUUCAGAUGAAGAAGGCGGGGAGGAGAUUGACCAGCAAAAAUUCGAGACCGCUGUUGGAAACGAUGGCAUUGAGCGCUUGGUCGGCGUCGGCGUGCCAGAUGUUCGCGAGGGAUGGAAGUUUUGGAGGCGUGGGCUAAUGGGUUGA